AUGGGUGUCAACCGCGAUUUCUUUCACCGGAUGAUAACACGGAAGUUAUAUGCAGUGACCGUAAGUCAAUCGCUAAAAAUGUCCACGUAAAAAUAAAGUUCACGAAGUUUUUAUUUAGUUAGACGUUUGAAAAUACCCGUGCUUACUAUAUUUCGAGUAAGAGAUCAUUUUACCUACAUCGUCUGAUCCGUAUGAUAGUUAUUAAUCGAAAACAACAGAAAAUCAUAUCAGUUUCUAAUUAGGUAGAAUUUUGCAAAACCAUUUAAUGUUACUUGUGAAAUUUAAGGGGGUUCCCAACAUCCACGAAGGUCUAAAACAAAUUAGAAUUUUAUUAACGAAUCGAAAACGACCUUAAAAUCUAAAUAGUAAACGGAUUGCUAUGUUGAUUAAAGGUACAACGGACAUGCUGUAAAAACCGAUCUAAUCGAUCUAAGAAUGUCAAACUGAAGUAAUCUGACACGGUAUUACGCGAAAAUGACGACGGACGAAUUCACACAUUAAGAAAUAUAGUCUCAUGCUGCGGUUUCGUCGGAUCGAAUCAUUGUUAGUUAUCCUACUAGACGGACUAAGACCUGAUUUAUUAUCCAAUUGAUUUGCUCCCUCACCGGAUGUCUACACCGGAUUGUUGGUCCAAAAAAUAUCUCCCAAACACUGUUCUGUUGACAUGUUCGAAAGUAUAAGCAAAGCGAUCAAAAGCUCUGAUGCUAAAGGAUCAGUCACACUGGCUCGUCAAAACAAUAACAAUAACAAAUAAGUGAAAAUUGUGAUGACGUGCAAAAAUAUUGCAUUUUAUAGAUUACGAAAAAUCGUUGAAUUAAGUAGAUUUUUAAAGUUAUGAUUGGUACCGCUGGUUGCCGCAAUAAAAUCAGUUUGAACCUCCAUAAUAUUAAGAACAGAUUUUCUGCGAAGUCGACAAAACCGUUCAAUUUAGAGCUACUUUACUAAGAAUGGUUGUAGUUUUCAGAGUUAUAAACUAAAGUGGUCUCACCUUACGAGUGAUAAACGCUGGGGAAAUUAUAAGUCAUCUGUUUAAAAAACUCUAUACGAAAUACCCCGCGGUUUUCAUUGCUGCAUAGCCACUGUUAAUUUUUAAACGUUGAUUUACUCUAAGAAUGACUUGAAAGCUCUUGAAACAUCAUUAGUAGUGCCCACCGCUGGCAUCACAAAAGUUAACUUGGUAGACGUAGAAUAAUAUUUUGCUUUUUUUAAGUUAGCUUGUCUAAGAAUACUCCUAAGAACUGAACGCAAACAUAAACGAGAUUUCUUUAGCAAAUCAGUGUUUUUAAGCUGCAUUUAUAAAAAACUUUGUCUGAGCAUCAAUUCAAAAAUGACUGGAAGCCAGUCUUCAUAUGACGUUUGAUCAUAUGCGCCGACAAUGACUGUUUUCGACUAUGUUUUUGGACGCAUUUUGUUUUUUAAUCAUAUGACUGCGUCUUUUAUAUCCUCUUGAUUUUUUAUCCGCUGAAAUAUAUUUUUGGAAGAAAGGACGAUAAAAGCGUCAUUCUUAAUCUUCUUGGAGAAUUAUGGUGUUUUGCGCUAAGGAUUAAUUAUGCGCAGCUAAUUUACAUUGAAGAGGCUGAAUGGGAUCUCUAAUUUCUUUUUCAAAGUAAACUGGCUUUGACUAAAGAUCUUCUCUAUGCCCUUUCAGCAGAUAAUCUGCUCAUUCCGCACUUUACGUACUUUGGUCAAAUUUGCAUUUUUCUCAUUAGGAAAAACUUCUGAAAAUGAAAAAUGUCGUGCAUAAACAGGAAAUCAAGGGAGGACUUCUAUACUGUUACUUUCUAACAUAAUUUGGCAGAAUGUAAUUCAGUAUCGGAUUCUUUCAUCAUCUUGAGUACAUUUUAAUUUAUUUUACCGGUGAACAUAAAGCGUUUGAGCAUACAUUUCACAAGAACUAGAAAGUUGAUUUUAUCUGUCCUAGACUUCAAAAGUGAAUAACGCAUCUAUUUGUCACAGCGGGAAAAUUCUUAAAUCAGUCAGUUGACUUCAGAAUUGGAGCACUAGACCAGCCAGGUUUUCACCUAACACAUGCUGCCAUUGCGUAACUAACUUUGUACCAGUAAAGAACAUCUCGUUCGUAACCCGUUUGCACAAUGAUGACUAUUUUAUGACCAGACUCGAAGGUCCAGCCAUAUAACAACAACUAAGUAAAUGUUGUCGGGUGUUAGUCUUUUAUUACCUAAUCAGGUAGCAGCUUUAGUAUGUGCUAGCAAUCAUGGAUUCGCUGGCAGAUAAUAUGACCAAAGACGGUUUUCGCGGACUUGUGAGAAUCAGCAUAACCACCCUAAAGGAUUAAGCUAUUUUCGACAGUUUUCAAACGAUUUUUAAGGAUGAAAGUAGCAUGUUGUCAGAAUAACCAAAAUUUUCAAAAUCGUGCUUGACUUUUAAUAUCAGUCUACUACGAAUUUUCAAGCCGGCAUUUUGUAUUUUGACCUUUUACUGACCAAUGCCUUAAUCAUUUUAAAAAUGAAGCUGUUUGGCGAACAAAAAACGAUCACUAUUUUGUAUCUUCUGCCAUAUUUCUCGAUGGUGAUGAUGUGUGUGUGCGCUUUAACUGCAUCUUUUUUAUGCUACAGCAUAAUUUACCUCGGUUUUUAUUUAGAUGAUCUGCUUUACUGUCCCUCUAAUCAUGUUAAUAUAUCGUGCCAUCAGGAUCAACUCAUCAAAAUAUGGUUUGUUACCAUUGUCGAACCGAAAACAGAGUUAUGCUCAUCAGAAAGUGAAAACAGUCCAAGAGGGUAAGUUUUGUUUAAUGAAAACUUUUUUUGAAAAUCUGUUGUUUCGUUUUUUAAUGCGGCUGAGUGCUCAGAACAUUUGAAAGAAACACGUACUUUUGGUCAACUUUGAAACGCCGUUAUUGUUAAAAAUAUUUAUGCAACUGUUUGGAUUUUUUAAUCUUAAGAAAAGUGAAAAACCCCUCAAAUAUUUCAGAAAGGGGCUCUAAAUUCCAUUGACGCGAUAUAUUAAUUGAGGCUAUAAAUCUUAUCAGAAUUUGGUAACCCUCGACCUUUGUAAAUUUCUACCAAGGUUGCCAACAGAAUGCAUUUACAAUGCAUCACAAGAAGAUAAAUUAA